GCUGGGGGAAAGGAAUGGCUGCACUUACAUUGUAUCUGUAGGGGAGGAGUGAGCGGGAUCCUUCCUCCUGUUUGUUCCAACCACCGAGCGAACGAGAGAGAGAAAGCGGCCAAAUAAAGUGCAGGUUGUGAGCUGCGGAACAAGCGCAAAGUUCCCGGCUGUAGCUCGGCGCUGCGCACCCUGAGGUGUCGGACCGUGCAAGCUGUUGCUCCCCCCCCCCCCCCCCGGCCGGGCUGAUGAUGGGCUGCCCCGGGUGGCCCCUGGCUCUGUUCGCCUUGCUGCUCGCCUCUUGCUCAGGUGGGCCCAGCGGGGUCUCCUCGCCCGCUCCCUGCCCGGCACCCUGUGCCUGUGACUUGGAUGGAGGGGCGGACUGUUCGGGGAAAGGACUAGUGACCGUACCCGAUGGGCUCAGCGUCUUCACCCACUCGCUAGACCUCAGUAUGAACAACAUCACCAAGCUACCGGAAGGCGCAUUCAAAGGGUUUCCGUACCUUGAAGAACUGCGACUGGCUGGCAAUGACCUUUCCAUCAUCCACCCCAUGGCCCUGUCUGGCCUGAAAGAACUCAAAGUGCUGACCCUUCAAAACAACCAGCUGAAGACCGUCCCCAGUGAAUCUCUGAAGGGCCUCGUAUCUCUGCAGUCACUGCGUUUAGAUGCAAACCACAUUGUCACGGUUCCAGAAGACAGCUUUGAGGGCCUUGUGCAACUUCGUCAUCUCUGGCUGGACGACAACAGCUUGACUGAAGUGCCAAUUCGUCCACUCAGCAACCUCCCAUCUCUACAGGCCUUGACGCUGGCGCUUAACAAAAUCUCCCAUAUACCUGAUUAUGCUUUUUCCAAUCUGUCCAGCCUUGUGGUUUUACAUCUUCACAACAAUAAAAUCAGGACCCUCGGACCACAUUGUUUCCAUGGGCUGGAUAACCUCGAAGCUCUGGAUCUAAAUUACAACAACCUCAUUGAUUUUCCUGACUCCAUCAGGUCCUUGCCUAAUUUAAAGGAGCUAGGUUUUCACAGCAAUUCUAUCACGAUAAUCCCAGAUGGAGCAUUCGUGAAGAACCCACUAUUAAGGACCAUACACUUGUACGAUAAUCCUUUGUCUUUCGUUGGGAAUUCAGCAUUUCAGAACUUAUCAGACCUCCACUUCUUAAUCAUUCGUGGGGCAAGCAAUGUUCAGUGGUUUCCUAAUCUGACUGGGACUAAUAAUCUAGAAAGCCUGACCUUGACGGGCACAAAGAUAAGAAGUAUUCCGAUAAAGUUUUGCCAAGAGCAGAAGAUGCUUCGAACUUUGGACUUAUCGUACAAUGAGAUCUCGGCACUGGUUGGAUUUGAAGGUUGCAGUUCCCUAGAGGAAGUUUAUCUGCAGAAUAAUCAGAUCCAAGAAGUCCAGAAUGAGACGUUCCAAGGCCUGGCAGCUUUACGAAUGCUAGAUCUAAGUCGAAAUAGAAUUCACACGAUUCAUAAGGAGGCCUUCGUCACUCUGAAAGCAUUGACUAAUCUAGACCUGAGUUUCAAUGAUCUCACUGCAUUUCCAACUGCGGGGCUGCACGGCCUCAAUCAGCUCAAGCUUACGGGGAACCCAAACUUUAAGGAAACGCUAACAGCAAAGGAUCUUAUUAAACUCUCGUCUGUAUCUGUUCCCUAUGCAUAUCAAUGCUGCGCCUUUUCUGCAUGUAAUUCCUACAUGACCACAACAGUAGAAGAAGACCGGUUGAGAGCACAAAGACUAUUGCUUGACCAUGACAGAGCUGCUAUGGACCCCGAUUAUAUGGGUACAGAAGAUGAUAAAGAACACGUUCAAGCAUUAAUCCAGUGCAAUCCUGCCACAGGACCCUUCAAACCAUGCGAAUAUCUCCUUGGUAGCUGGAUGAUAAGACUCACCGUUUGGUUCAUCUUCCUCCUGGCACUGAUCUUCAAUGUGAUUGUCAUUGUGACAAUGUUUGCCUCCUGUUCCCAACUCACCUCUUCCAAGCUGUUUAUUGGUCUGAUUGCUGUCUCCAACCUUUUCAUGGGGGUGUACACUGGCACCCUGACUGUCCUAGACACCAUCUCAUGGGGCCAGUUUGCUGAAUUUGGAAUAUGGUGGGAGACGGGCAAUGGAUGUAAAGUGGCUGGGUUCCUUGCUAUUUUCUCUUCUGAAAGUGCCAUUUUCUUCCUGAUGCUGGCUGCCAUAGAGAGAAGCUUGUCAGCCAAGGACAUCAUUAAGAAAGAAAAGCAUCAGCAUUUGAGGAAAUUUCAGGUCGCUUCACUUCUUGCUGUAUUGUUGGCUGCUGCUGCAGGAUGCCUACCGCUGUUCCACAUUGGAGAGUUCUCUUCCUCUCCUCUAUGCUUGCCUUUCCCUACAGGCGAAACACCUUCCUUGGGAUUCACAGUAACCCUGGUCCUUCUAAAUUCAUUGGCAUUUUUGAUAAUGGUUAUCACCUACACCAAACUAUACUGCACCAUAGAGAAAGAGGAUCUCUCGGAAAAUGCCGAGUCCAGCAUGAUUAAGCACGUCGCUUGGCUCAUCUUCACUAACUGCAUCUUCUUCUGUCCUGUGGCCUUCUUUUCCUUUGCCCCACUGAUCACUGCCAUCUAUAUUAGUCCGGAAAUUAUGAAAUCUGUCACGUUAAUAUUUUUGCCCUUGCCUGCGUGCCUCAAUCCUGUCCUGUAUGUAUUCUUUAAUCCAAAAUUCAAAGAAGAUUGGAAGCUGUUGAGAUGGCGUUUGACCAAGAGGAGCGGUUCAGUUGCAGUUGCUACGAACUCUCAAAGGGGAUGCGUGACUCAGGAUUUUUACUAUGACUUUGGCAUGUAUUCGCAUCUGCAGGGGGGUAACUUUGCAGUGUGCGACUACUGCGAGUCAGUUCUUUUAAAGAACCCUCCACCUUGUAAACACUUAAUAAAGUCUCAUAGCUGCCCUACGCUGGCAGUCGUGCCUUGCCAACGACCUGAUAAUUACUGGUCCGAAUUUGGUACCCAGUCUGCCCACUCGGAUUGUGCAGAUGAAGAGGACUCUUUUGUCUCUGACAGCUCAGACCAAGUGCAGGUCUGCGGCCGAGCCUGCUUUUACCAGAGCCGAGGUUUGCCUUUGGUCCGAUAUGCAUAUAAUAUACCAAGAAUGAAAGACUGAAUCCAUUAUGGCAGUUGACUCUUGUGAGGCUGGGAUAGCCAGCAACUCUCUGGCCAAUGUAGAUCAGCAACAGCUGGAAAGCCACAGGCUUAAAUAUCCUCACUGUGAGGAGACCAGGACUAUUCAAAGCAUAACAAAUGCCUUGACAAGCAAAGGAGCACUUUUUGUAAGGGACGUCACUUAAUAAAAGAAGGGAAGCAGGCAAAAGACUUCUGGAGCUUCGAAACGCUUUGUGGUUGGCGGGGCGCUCAGUUUCACGUCUCUGUGGGAGCAGACAAGCUAAACGUUGCCUGAACUAUGAAUAAUUUGUAAACCAAAAUUUGUAGCUAAAUGUUUUAUUGUUUUUUGUUAAUGAUCUGUUUAAAGCAGUAGUACAUGGUCGCUCUUUAUUAUGUAUAAUGUUCUUCCGUUUGCUUUGAAUGUGUUUUGUUUUUGUUUGUAGGGGGAUCUAAAUCCAAAUGAAAAACAAAUGUCAACUUACUCUGGGUGCUCCACUGAGCACUUGUGCAACUUUUUAGUUGUUUCCAAUCAUUGCAUUGCCAUUACAAUUAUCAGGGUUUGGUUCAGUAGUUCUCAGCACCCCUUAUGCUAACUAACUGUGCUUGGGAGUAGCACUUGGAGUAAGUUUAGAUGAAUUUUAUAUGUGGGGUUAGACCCCCUUUAUGUAUGAGUAGGAUUGUGGUAUGCUGACAUCUUUAUUGAUUCUGCUGGCACCAACUUGCUCCAACAAAAAACCUAUAAUUGUGCAUUCUGUAACUCAGGAGAAUUUAAUGCAGGUCCAAAAAAGGGAAAUCAUUUACACAUUGUGUAGCCAUAUGAUUGCUUGUCCUCCCAAAAUGUGAUUAUUGGGAGUUAAAUGAAAAUUUAUGCAUUCCACACUUUAACGUGGAAUAAUAAAGAACGAGGGUCACAAGGAACCAUCUAUAUCUAGAACGCAGCCUGCUAUACUGUUGCUCUGGGUAUGUCCUAGUGAGUGCAGUGGUUCAUGGCUGUAUUACUCGCAAGGCAUUUAUGAAAACCCCUAUCAGUUCUAGAGCCUCCCUCAUAUAUUUUAGACACAGAGCUAAUGAUAACAGAUUAUGAACCUUCUGCUGAAAGAUGUACUACAACAACAGUUGAAGGGCUGCAAGUUGGCCGACACACAAGAACCAUCAUCUGAGCCUAUGGGGCACAAGGCAGGUUUUCCUCUGUGGAGUCAUAUACCCCUACUCUGGGUAGAGACUUCAUUGGCAGAGGAGUGAGUGGCCUUAAAUUAUAGCAAUGUCUUAGGCCCAUGAUUCCUGCACAGACUGUUGAUAAUAUGUGCAAGAUAUGGGAUGGUUUAUUGCGAAUACUGUUUCCCUGGGUGCUUUUAAAACUCUACAGUCAGUGUUUUAAACCCUACACAUUAUGACCACCAUUGGUUUUACCCCUAGAGUAGAAAAUACUCUACAAAAAAUAGGUAGACAUUUAAGUGUGACAUUCCAUGACCAAAUACUGGUGUUGCUCAAUAAAUCUGCAGUCCGAAACAGAACCAUAGAUAACUCCUAAGUUCCUCUAACUUUCUGCAAACAAUUUAGCAUUACUCCUCUAUCCUCUUGUCAGAACGUGGAACAUUCUAGUCUUCAUAGGGGGAGCAGGUUUUAAAGGUGCAACCUUUGGCCCAAAGAUGUUUGCCUUUCCAAUAAUUGCAUGACAAAAGCACAAAGCCUUCUCAUAAAACCCUCGCACUUUAAUAAAACUCACCUUAUGAAAACCAGAAUGAUCCAUAUCAGUUGGAACCUUUGAUAACGCAGAGCUACUCAGAUUCUUGCUUGGGGAACAGCCAAACACUUGACAAUCGCUACAACUGGUAGGUAGAAAGUUAUAAAAUCUUAUUUUAUAUCCAACCAUUGCAGUUUCACAUUCCAUACCUGGCCACCAAGUUACAUUUUAAAGGGUAAAAAUAGAGAACUGUUUUUAAUGUAAGACUGAAGCUGGCCAUAAGGGGGCCAAUAUAAGCUGUUGUCUCAGUCCCUUAAGAUCGAAUUGUCAGCUUAUUGGCCUGUGUAUGGUGCCUACCAACAGGCCUGCCAGGGUGAUAUCUGGCUGAAAACCAGUUGACAGUUUUAAAAAUCCCAUGUCACGGAGCACAUUAGUGCAUUGAUGCGGCCCUUUUCCAUUAGGUCUCUGCAAGCCACUCUGUUGCCUUAGGAUCAGUCCAGUUUGGCCUAGCACACUGUAAGCUGAUGCUUUCUCCUUGUAGGGGUUAGUCCUGUCCCAUGUUGCUAGUUUAAAGGAGAAGGAAAGGUAAAAUAAGUGGGAGGUGCCUAUGAAAGUGUGCCACCUACUUUUUCUUGCCUACUCCCAGGUGUCCCCCUGUGCUGAUUUAGGGUCGGUGCCUAUGCACAACUGUAAUCUCUAUUGCACAUGUACUUGAGGGGCAGAACAACCUGGGGGCAAGGAAGAAGUUAGCAUAGGUUCACGCAAAAGAACGAGUGCUAGUUGGGUUUCUUAAAGUCACUACGUGGGGCCUAAUAAUUUAGCACCCUUCUUUAACACCAGCUACUUUCAAUAGGCCACCAACCACCCAUUUGAUAAUUGCUAAAUAUCUAUAUAUAUUGAUGCCAUCAACCCCUUUUUAUAAGCACUUAAAUGCAAAAUAAAAUGUAAACUACAAUCAUGGCAGCAAUUUGUUUUUAAUCAAUCACAAUGAAUGAAUUUUGAGUUACAAAUCUAUACAUUCGUUAUCCUACAUUGCUGGUUCUGAUAUCUGUUGAAAGUAACAAACUGCACAGACGAAGCACAAUUCUUCCCAUCAAUUCACGUCCGCCCCUGCAUUUGUCUGUAUCUUUUUUUUUUGUCUCUAGACAUUCCUGUAUAACAGUGUAAGCUAGAACCGAGGAUUUACAAAAUGGAAGCUGUACAUAAUUAGCCUAUUUUUGUAUCUUUGUAUUGUAAAUUAUUGGAUAGAGCACAAAGUGGGAAACUAAGGCUUCAGUUUAUUUUGUUGAUUUUUUUUUAAAGCUACCUCUUAAAACUGUAGCAGCUGCCAGUAGCAGAAUAAAUUGGUUUAUAUACUUUUAUUGCAUUUGUAAAUAGACCCGUGUUGUACAUGGACACUGUGAUAAAAAAAAAAAAUAUGUUGUAUAUCAAAUUCAUGGGAGGGAUUUAUACUUUGUAUAUUGUAAUUUUUUUAUAUGACAACCCGAGAACAAGUAAAGAAUUCUUUUUUGUGUGUA